AUGUUCAUCGCUUUAGACUCGUUCCGAUGUCGCAACGGCGUCAUUAUUCAUGUCGCUUUGCUUCGUCGAAUUCGCCAUACGUCUUUCACGCAGCCUGUGGUUGCCGCAUCCGAGCAUUUGUUUAAUACGCAUUCGGCCUUGGCAGCAUCGGCAGUUUCACAAGAUGUGAACAGGCGGUCUCUUUCGGAUCAUGCGAGACGGGGUCAAUGUCACAAGAAGACCUGA